UAGCGGCUAGCCAGUUAGCUAAUCCACGGGGGGGGGGGACAAUGGCGAAGAUUCAAGCGCACAGCAGCAUGAAGCAGAUGAACCCGGUCCCGGAGCGGCCCUACGUGGUGCAGAAGCAGGUCCAGCAGCAGCACUUCCAGAAGCUGAAGGUUGAAGAUGCCUUAUCGUACCUGGAUCAGGUGAAAAUACGGUUUGGGAACGACCCCGGGAUAUACAACAAAUUUCUGGAUAUCAUGAAAGAAUUCAAGUCACAGAGCAUUGACACUCCAGGAGUAAUAAAUCGUGUCUCCCAGCUCUUCCAUGGCCAUCCUGACCUUGUCCUGGGCUUUAAUGCCUUCCUUCCCCCGGGUUACCGAAUAGAGAUCCCCAAAAACGGAGUGGUCUCUCUCCAGUCGCCCCUCUCUGGCCAGGCAUCUCCAGGUCAGGCCAGGAGUGUGGCUGCUGUUGGUGUAGCCGGUGGCGUCCCAGCAUCGUCUCCUGCAGAGGACGGGUGCGCUCAUGGCGAAGCUGCCUCGCUUUAUGCCAGCCCUUCCUCGUCAAGCCCCCCAGACCCUCCUGGUCGGCUCUCCCUGGCCCUGCCUACCCGGGACAGCCGGUCGCAGCUGCCCACCUCCUCUUCUUCCUCGUCCCCACCAGGUUCGGAGCCCAGCCCAGUGGAGUUUGAUAGCGCUAUCAGCUACGUCAACAAGAUCAAAAACCGUUUCCUGGAUCACCCAGAAAUCUACAGAUCCUUUCUGGAGAUACUGCACACCUACCAGAAAGAGCAGCUGGAGGUGAAGGAGUCUCGUGGUCGAGCAGGUGGAGGUAUGACGGAGGAUGAGGUCUUCUCUAAGGUGGCGAGCCUCUUCAAAGGUCAAGAGGACCUGCUUGCUGAGUUUGGGCAGUUCUUGCCAGAUGCCAAGAGGUCACUAUUCACUGGCAGCUCGUUAACAGGGAAGGAGCACCUGAAGAAGAUGGAUGAUGAGGACCUGGCUAAGCAGGGCAAGAAGAGAUCACGACCCAUGCUUCUCCCUCACAUGACUCCAUUACUGAAGAAGAAGAUGAAGCUUUCGUGUUCUAAGGACCAGUCCUUCGCUGCUGUCGGGAAGCAUGGUGUUUUGCGGGAGUUCACAUUUUUUGACAAGGUUCGGCGUCUGUUUAAGAGUCAAGAGGUGUAUGAGAACUUCUUGCGCUGCAUCGCUCUGUUCAACCAGGAAGUGGUGUCUGGGGCAGAGCUUCUGCAGCUUGUCACGCCCUUCUUGGGGAAAUUUCCAGAGCUUUACACCCAGUUCAAGUCAUUUCUGGGGGAAAAGGAACUGUCCCAUUCUCUGUCUGGCCUCUCUGACCGCUACAUGGAAGGCGGGGGCAGGGAGAUCGAUUACGCUUCUUGCAAACGUCUCGGAUCCAGCUACAGGGCUCUUCCCAAGACCUAUCAGCAGCCCAAGUGCAGCGGGCGCACAGCCAUCUGCAAGGAGGUUCUAAAUGACACAUGGGUGUCGUUUCCCUCGUGGUCAGAGGACUCCACGUUCGUGAGUUCCAAGAAGACGCCGUACGAGGAGCAGCUGCAUCGCUGCGAGGACGAGCGAUUCGAGUUGGACGUGGUGCUGGAGACGAACCUGGCUACCAUCCGUGUCUUGGAGAGCGUGCAAAAGAAGCUUUCGCGCCUGUCGCCAGAGGACCAAGAGCGCUUCCGUCUGGACGACUGCCUGGGCGGCACCUCUGAGGUCAUCCAGCGGCGCGCCAUCUACCGCAUCUAUGGCGACAAGGCACCCGAGGUCAUCGAAGGCCUGAAGCGCAGCCCUGCCACGGCUGUACCUGUGGUCCUCAAGAGGCUCAAAGCGAAGGAGGAGGAGUGGCGGGAGGCCCAGCAGGGCUUCAACAAGAUUUGGCGCGAGCAGUACGAGAAGGCCUACCUCAAGUCCCUGGAUCACCAGGGUGUCAACUUCAAGCAGAACGACAUCAAGGCCUUGCGCUCCAAAAGUCUGUUGAACGAGAUUGAGAGCGUUUACGAUGAGCGGCAGGAGCAGAGCACUGAAGAGGGAGGAGGGGGCCAGCAGCAGGGCAAAGACGGUGGAGGCGGGGGGGCCUCUAGUGAGCCCCACAUGAUCUUCACGUAUGAGGACAAGCAGAUCCUGGAGGAUGCCGCCUCCCUGAUCAUCUAUCAUGUGAAACGGCAGCCGACCAUCCACAAAGAGGACAAGGACCACAUGAAGCGCAUCAUGCACCACUUUGUCCCCGAUCUGUUCUUCUCGCGCCGAGGGGAGCUGAGCGAGACCGAGGAGUGGACGGAUGAGGAGGCAGAGCCUGAAGAUGGGGCUGGGAUGACGGUCAGUGCAGGGGCAGCAGUGGCCACUAGUGCUUCCCAGCUGAACGGGGAGUCGCGCAGGCGGCGCUGCGCCUCGACUCACGCUGCCGAGCCGAACCUGGCUACUGGUGGUGCCCCCAGCGCUGCCCCCAGUGCAGAGAAGCUGGACCUUCGAGACCCCGAAGCUGAACACCAGAAGGAACUGGAUGACGUCUACAACCUGUUCUUCGUCAACAACAACUGGUACUUCUUCCUGCGGCUGCACCAGACUCUGUGCUCGCGGCUUCUGCGGGUUUACCGGCAGGCAGAGCGUCAGCUGCUGGAGCACCGGGCGGAACAGGACCGAGAACGGCUGCUGAUGGCCGAGGGCCGCAGGGAGAAGACCAGCGACCUGGCCAUGGAGCUCCGGCUCAAACAACCCAGUGAGGUGGAGCUGGAGGAGUAUUACCCAGCCUUCCUGGACAUGGUGCGGAGCCUGCUGGACGGGAACCUGGACUCGACUCAGUAUGAGGACACUCUGCGCGAGAUGUUCACCAUCCAUGCGUACAUUGGCUUCACCGUCGACAAGCUCAUACAGAAUAUUGUCAGACAGUUGCAGCAUCUGGUCAGCGAUGAAGUGUGCCUGCAAGUGGUGGAGUUGUACUUGGCGGAGCGCAAAAGGGGCGCCGCCGGGGGAAACCUGUCCUCACAGUGUGUGCGGGCCGCCUGGGAGACCAGCUACCAGUGGAAGGCUGAGAGGGUCAUGGCUGACGAGAAUUGUUUCAAGGUCAUGUUCAUUCAGAGCAAAGGUCAAGUGACCUUGACAAUUGAACUGCUGGACACAGAAGAAGCGCAGGCUGAUGAUCCACUGGACAUACAGUACUUGUCUAAUUACAUGGAGCAGUUUGUCGGGACAGAGUCGACAAUGUGCACUCAGAUGGAAGGAUACUGCUUCAAGCCUGUCUUCCUGCCCAGAAAUCUGCGUCGCUUCCGUCGCUGGCAGCUGCGCCAGAUGGAGGCCAUGCGCUGUCGGCGGGAGUGGCGCCGCCAGAUGGGCGUGGAGAGCGCGGGCAGCCUGGACUGCCGCUUCAAGUUGCACACACACAAGAUGGUGUUCGUCAUGAACUCGGAGGAUUACAUGUACCGGCGCGGGGCUCUUGUCAAAGCCAGAAAGUCUCAGCACAGUGUGGCGCGCACCCAGCACGACCGCUUCGACAAGUGGCACCAGCACUGGCUGGCAGAGCACGUGACGCCAGCCGCCGAGCACGCCGUGCACCACUGGCUCAUGGGAGAGGAGGAGGAGGAGAUGGUUCCCUGCAAGACCACCUGCCUGACCCGCCAGGUCAACGGCUUGCCUGUGAACAGGUACCAGGUGCACUACAGCAGCAAACCCCCUCCUUCGCCUUAAACUCUUCCAUACGCAAGUACACAAAUACUUACAGACACACACUUACACACAUACAUGCUUCGGUGGACCUGGCCUGAAGGAAGCACUUACAUAUGGAUCAUGCAGUAGAGCAAAGACUUUGACAUCCACACACGGGCACCCACACACAUGCGCGCACAACGUGCGCACGCGCACAGGCAAGCUCGCACUUGGAAGACAAAGGGCCUGCAAUCAUGCCUCGUUGAACUGCUCUUUAGACGUCAACCAGUCGCAAGUGAAGCGACGCGGAAGUUUUGCGUGGUCUCUAAAGGAACGUGAAGAAUGUCGACAUUUUUAGAAGUCCGAUGUAGUUCUUAGCUUCAGGAGCUGGAGUGUGUUUUUGUUUAUAUUUGUAUAUGUUUAUACUGGAAGAGACAGUUCAAUGAAAGGGUACAGCCUGUGUUUUGUACAGUAUACUAAUUCAAGCAUAAUUAUAUAAAUAUAUGUAUACAUACAUAUAUACAGUAUAUUCACAGAAGAGCAAAAGGUGACUCUUGGAGAGCCCUUCUCCUGGCUGCCAAUGCAUCCAUUAUUUCAACUUUGUUUUUCUUGUAGCUGAGUUUAUUUCGUCUCAGACUGCCUGUGUCCAUCGUACGUGUCUUUAAGACUGAUUCAUUUCUACACCUGUUGUAUUUAAACAUCCAAAUUAUGUAUCUCAAUGAUAUUGCCAUUCUGCUCGGAUGAUGGUGUAAUUUUACACAUUAAACUUGAAAACUGGGGAAAAAAAAUAAGUCUGUGUUGGAAAAGAAUGUAAAGCAUUUCCUUAUCCUGUAGGAGUUAUGAAAUAAACAUCAUAGUAAACUUCUUUUUAACUCACUCAGUGGUCCUUUUUAUGCUUUAGUAAAAUUUUAGUGAAUCGUUCUUACGUCCAUCCGGGGGGACUAGCAUAAUUCAUUUUUCAAUGGCAGAGGGGAAAAAAUCCAUGUGUGUUACUAAAGAGACUCCGUUGCUAGUGAGUAUUCUGUAAAAUGUGCUUGUGGUUAUGUAAAUUGUCGCACUUGUGUUGUUUCCUGUCAUCACGCUGUUUUUGCCAUGAGUAAGAUUGCGUAACUUGCUUAAAAUUGCAAGGUCAUUGAGUUUAUUAGUUAUUUGUGCCUUCAACAGGUAAUAAAUUAGGGCCCUUUGCAGUGAGGAGGAAAAGGUAGUUUCUAUGGCAACGGUUUGAGUCUAAUAACAAACCAGUUUUGUUAAUUUUGAAAUUUAAGAGAAUUAUCAUUUUGAAGUUUCACUUUUGUGCGUGAUAUAAAAAAAUCAUUCUGUCUCUUCUGGCGAUGUAGCGGUCAGCAGAGCAAGUUCU